AAAAGUUAUAAACAAUUUCAUUCAUUCAUUCAUUCAUUCAUUCAAGUACCUAUUGUUUAUUGUUAGUAAUAUUUCCGCGAUACCCAACGAAUUUUACAAUUUCAUUCAAAAAUGAGAAUUUUAUGGCACGAGUUGAAGAAAAUCACGAGACAGUCGCUCGGAACAGAAAAUAUCUUCGGUUACAGAAGUACAGUGGCGAACCAGCUCUACUUACUAUAUUGUUUUUGCGGUAAAAUCUAUUUCACAGAUAAGGUUGAUAAAAGAGUGAAAUAUCUUUGGUACAGUUUGGUUUCCAGUCAACUUAUAUUUUCGUGCGUACUUGGUUGGUCAUAUUUGUGGUACGAUGAUAAAAACGAUCUCGUGCUCAUGCUGAAUAUGUCUAUGUCCAUUGGUUGCAUUCAUACAACAACGUUGGGAUUUCCUUUCAUUUUGUAUUUGUUCAGCGAUCGUAUCGAAGCAAUGAUCGACUUUGUCGAUGGUCUCAUGAACGUCAAAUUUCAAAAUACCGUUCUCAAAGAUGUGAAGAAAUAUUUCUCGUUUUUUUUCACAUCCCUCUUCGUAUGUGUUUUGGUGUUCUUGUUGGCCAGUUUUCUCGAUGUGAUAUUAUUCUUUGAGGAGGAUAAAGUGAGCAUUUACGCUUACUACGCAUAUCCUCCUCCGAUGGUUCAAAAGUACAGCAGCUUUGGGUCGUUCAUGAUGGCGACUGGUGUCACUGGCAUUUUAUUUGUCGUUAUAACACUCGAAGUCUGGCUGGUUUUCGCUUUGAUGUUGUACUGGAGCAUCAUAUGCUGUAGCCAGUUGACCAGUGUGAAAGACGGAUUGCAUGCCAGAACUUGUGAUUUAAAUCAGUACAGUGACACCGAAAUUGCACUCUCACAGGAAUGGAGAGGAAUCUUCGAAUGUACGUUGAAACGGUCCAUCAGAGAAUUUCAAAUGGCUACUCGCUUGAUUAAUUACAUGAGAGGGUACGUCGAAUCAAUCUGUACCAUACUUUUCAUCGCUCUUUUUUGUUAUGGUGUAGCUCUACUGUAUGCCUGCCUGUCGGUAAGUACUACUUAAUUGCUUACAUUUUGAAAGCACUUAUAUGUAGUAGGUAAUGUAUGAUUUUCUGGAACUUGGAGAAUCAUCGAUCAUUAAAACACUAUUUUUCAUUAGAAAUUAUUUACAUAGGUAUAAUUAUGGCCAAAAAGGGUAAA